CCCAGGACUGAACACCUGCAGCAUCCCCUGCGCCGGAGCCCGAGCCGCAGACCAGAAGCCCCACAAUCAACGGAGUGACCAUGGCUGCUUUCGAGGCCCUUAUGCUUGGAUUGAAGAGCUGGGAUAUCCCGAAAAGUCCCACCCCGUGUGAACUGCUCCUCGUUGGAGAGUCCGCCUUCCCAGUGUUGGUGAAUGACAGGGGCCAGGUCCUCAUCGCUGGGUCCUUCUACGGCCAAGGCCGCCUGGUGGUGAUGGCCCAUGAGAGCUACCUGCUGGAAGCCUGCCUGGCUCCAUUUCUUCGCAACGUCGUGAACUGGCUCUGUCCCUCUCCCGGGGCUCGCGUGGGAGUGCACAGGAGCGUAGAAGCACUCGUUGCUAUCCUGCAGUGCUCUGGGGUGAAGGCGCAGGUUCAGCAGGAACCGGGAGACCCCUUGGGGGUUUACUGCAUCAAUGCCUACAACGAAUGCCUGGCUGAGGAGCUGGUCCAGUUUGUAAAAUCUGGUGGAGGCUUGCUCAUCGGGGGCCACGCCUGGCACUGGGCCAAUGAGCACGGUCGUGAACACGUUCUGUCCAAGUUCCCCGGGAACCAGGUGACCAGUGUGGCUGGAGUGUACUUCACCGACACCUAUAGCGACAUAAGCCAGUUCAAAAUCUCUAAGAAGAUACCCAAGAUCCCACUCGAGGUCAGGUGUGGAGAGGAAUUGCAGCAGGACCAGAACCAGCUCCUGAAAGGGAUCUGCGAGCUGGACAUCAGGAUGGGAGGAAUCCCCUCGCAGCUGCUGGUGCACGGGGCCCUGGCCUUCCCUCUGGGGCUAGAUGCCUCCCUCAGCUGCUUCCUGGCCGCUGCCCGCUACGGCCGGGGCCGGGUGGUCCUGGCUGCCCACGAGGGCAUGCUCUUGACUCCCAAGUUGGGGCCCUUUUUGCUCAAUGCCAUACGCUGGCUAUCCAGAGGCCAGACUGGCAAAGUCGGGGUGGACACAGAACUAAAAGACCUGUAUGCCCUGCUGUCAGAGCAUGGCGUGGAAUGCAGCCUGGAGCCCCGUGUGACGAGCUGCAUGGCUGUCUACUGCUGCAAGGCUUACAGCAACAGUCAGGCGAAGCAGCUGCAGGAGUUUGUGGCUGAAGGAGGGGGCUUGCUGAUCGGGGGCCAGGCCUGGACCUGGGCCGCCCGGAACCCGGACUGCUCCGCCUUGGCUUGUUUCCCUGGUAACAACAUUCUCAACUGCUUUGGCCUCAGCAUCCUACCUCAGACCCUCAACCCAGGCUGUUUCCCUGUCCCCACCCCCGAGAUGAGGAGCUACCACUUUCGCAAGGCGCUGUUGAAGUUCCAGGCUUCCCUGAACCAUGGGGGCGAAAACUUGGAAAAGAGCUGGAUGAAAAAACUGGAACUCGAUGGGGCCGCCUUCCUGCAGAUCCCUGCAGAGAAGGCCCCUGCGUACAUAUCCAUUCACCGAUAUUUACGGAAGAUGCUGAAGGUGUGGGGCAUCCCAGCUGUGAGCCCCAAACACCCAGUGGCCAGUGGUUCCCGGGAGGCUGCAGUGCUCCACCUAGCCACGGAGCUCGUCAGCUCCGGGACUGACUGCACCGAGCUGAUGAAGGAGCUGCAAACCAAGAAACUCGACACCAGCUGGGCCCCCUCGGACUGCCCCAUCACUGUGGACAUCCUUGGAAACAACCCAGGCAAGAGUGACUCCUGGGUGAGCACUGGGCUCUAUAUCCCAAAUGGACAAAAGGCAGAAGUCUCACUGUCUGCAGCUGCGGCCUCCGCCGGCCUGAAGGUACAGAUUGGCUGCCACACCGAUGACCUGACCAAUGCCAGCAAGCUGUGUCGAGCCCCUGUGGUGACUCGCCAGUGGUGUAUGGGAAACACCACUCAGUCAAUCUCUUGCCUCUGGGGUGGCCUUCUCUAUGUCAUCUUACCCAAAGGCAGUAACCUGGGACCCAUCUCCGUCACUGUUAAGGGGGCUGUGCCUGCCCCAUACUACAAGCUGGGUAAGACAUCCCUGGAGGAGUGGAGGAGCUGUAUCCAGGAGAUCCAGGCUCCCUGGGGAGAGCUGGAAACAGACAACAUCAUCCUGACUGUGCCAACUGCAAACCUCCAGGCCCUGGAGGACCCCGAGCCUGUGCUCCGCCUCUGGGAUGAGAUAAUGCAGGCUAUAGCCAAGCUGGCGUCUCAGCCCUUCCCCUUCCACCGUCCUGAGAGGAUUGUUGCCGACGUGCAGAUCUCCUCUGGCUGGAUGCAUUCAGGGUACCCCAUCAUGUGUCACGUGCAGUCGGUGAAGGAACUCAUCAGUGAGACCCACAUAAGAAGAAGAGGUCUGUGGGGACCCAUGCAUGAGCUGGGCCACAACCAGCAGCACCAUGGGUGGGAAUUCCCCCCAAACACUACUGAGGCUACUUGCAACCUCUGGUCCAUCUAUGUGCAUGAGACAGUCCUGGACAUCCCCAGGGCUCAGGCCCACCAAGCUCUGUGCCCUCAAGCACGAGAGAAGAGAAUCAGAGAGUACCUGAAGGAGGGAGCCCCCCUGUGUAAGUGGGACACGUGGACAGCUCUGGAAACGUAUCUACAGCUCCAGGAGGCCUUUGGGUGGGAGUCAUUCACCUGCCUCUUUGCUGAGUACCAGAACCUCGUCGAGAUCCCCAAAGACAACGUUGGCAAGAUGAACCUGUGGGUGAUGAAGUUCUCCAAAAAAGUGCAGAAGAAUCUGAUUCCGUUCUUUGAGGCCUGGGGCUGGCCCAUCCAGAAGGAAGUGACUACCAGCCUGGCCUGUCUGCCUUGGUGGGAGGAAAACCCGCUGUGGGCUUACAUCCACGCUGAGAAGUAAAACGUGCAGAGUCACUGUGGGGACAGGAAUGGCCACUCGCCAGCUCCACCACUUACACUGUCACUCUCUCCAGGAGCCAUGCUCCACCAUCCCAGUCCUCCAGUGGAAGCCUUUUUUCGUCUAGACAUCUUGAGAUCCUGCAGGCUUUUGUAGUUCUAAAGAUCACAGAUUACCAUAAUAAUGGAAUAGCACUCCCUCACCCCUGCCAGCCCUGAACAAGGCCCCUGAUUUCUUGUGCUUUGAGAAAUUCUCCAAUAGCAAGAGAGGCAAGCUAGUAUAGUGGAGAGAGCCUGUGAUUGAUUCUAUGGGAAACCACUUACCCUCUCUGUGCUUCUAUACUCUUUCCUUCUUUAAAAAUA